GCGCGUGUUUUCCGGCGCGCCUCUGCAGUGAGACACGCAACCGCGCGCUCGCGUCUCUGUGCUCCCGGACCGAGACUCACUUUACGCAGUCCGAAACCAGAGGAAUCUCCUUAAGUUUAGGAAAAAACACACUCUCGCGACUGAGUGUGCUGCAGGUCCCGGCCCGGUUUGCAAACGGGGGUUCUAGUGAAAGCUAUCGGGCCAACUCGACGACGCACAGGCGCAUGGCUUUGAUUUAAAGGGGGAUUCGUCUCGCUUUUCCCUAAACCGAGUGUUGCAUGGAGCUGGACAACUACCGGCUGCCGAGAGCGACGAAAUGCGCCUUUUAAACGAGAACUCGGGGUUCGGGUUUCCUCACCAGUCCGUGUUGGUAGAGGCCUAAUGGGUUUACGUGGAGCGCGCGGACCCGAGCUCUACCUGCGCGAGGAGAGUGUUUGUGCGCGGGUGUAGAGGUGACUUACAAACCCUCGCUUUAUCAGCCGACAAGGACUGUUCCUCAAUCAAUCAAUCAAUCUGCUUCAGCCGUGCGGCGCUGCCCUUCGGUCUGGUGCGGAGAGAGCUGUCCUGCGAGGGAUACCCCAUCGACCUCCGCUGCCCAGGAAGUGACGUCAUCAUGAUCGAGACCGCCAACUACGGCCGCACCGACAACAAGAUAUGCGACGCAGACACGUUCCAGAUGGAAAACAUUAAUUGCUACCUCCCGGAUGCCUAUAAAAUCGUAUCUCAAAGGUGUAACAACCGGACUCAGUGUGUUGUCAUCACUGGCUCGGAUGUGUUCCCUGACCCAUGCCCCGGGACGUACAAGUAUCUUGAGGUCCAGUAUGAAUGUGUGCCAUACAAAGUGGAGCAAAAAGUUUUUAUUUGCCCUGGGACUCUGAAAGCAGUAGGAGAUCCGACCUUUGUGUUUGAGGCUGAACAGCAGUCUGGGGCUUGGUGUAAAGACCCUCUGCAGGCGGGGGACAAGAUCUACUUCAUGCCCUGGACGCCGUACCGCACCGACACUCUCAUAGAGUACGCCUCGCUCGACGACUUGAGGAGUGGCCGACAGACGACUACCUACAAGCUCCCGCACCGCGUUGACGGGACCGGCUUUGUGGCCUACGAUGGGGCCAUCUUCUUCAACAAGGAGCGCACUCGAAAUAUCGUCAAGUUUGACUUGCGCACGCGGAUAAAGAGCGGGGAGGCCAUAGUCGCCAACGCCAACUACCACGACACCUCACCGUAUCGCUGGGGCGGGAAAACGGACAUCGACUUGGCGGUUGACGAACGGGGACUGUGGGUUAUCUACGCCACCGAGCAGAAUAACGGGCGCAUCGUUCUCAGCCAACUCAAUCCCUACACUCUACGCUUCGAGGCCACAUGGGAGACGGUCUACGACAAACGCUCGGCCUCCAACGCCUUCAUGGUGUGUGGCGUUCUGCACGUUGUGCGAUCCACCUACGAGGAGAAUGAAAGCGAGGCCAGUAAGAGCCAAAUCGACUAUGUGUACAACACCAAACUGGGGCAAGGGGAGUAUAUCAAUAUCCUCUUUCCUAACCAGUAUCAGUACAUCGCAGCUGUGGAUUACAACCCGAGGGAUAACCAGCUAUACGUGUGGAAUAAUUUUUACAUUCUGCGAUACGACUUGGAGUUUGGGCCCCCCGAUCCAGGAGAAGUGCCAACGGUCUCCGAUGACGUCACGUCCACGCUUCAGCCCAGCAGAUCCACGGCUCCUGUGAUGAUCAGCACCAGCACCAUCAUGACCCCUGUGACCCCCGUGACCCCUGUGACCCCUGACCCCGAGCAGCCCGACCGCCCGCCGGACCCCCCCUCCGUCAGCAAGCUCUUCUGCGACGGCACGGAGAUGCGAGGAAUCUCCUGGCCACAGACGCACAGAGGAGUGACGGUGGAGCGGCCUUGUCCUAAAGGAACUCGAGGCAUGGCGUUGUUCCUGUGUUCGGCUGGCGACGGCAUCUGGAGCCCGAAAGGCCCUGAUCUCAGCAACUGUACCUCACACUGGGUGAGCCAGGUGGCACAGAAGAUCCGCACUGGUGAGAACGCGGCUAACCUGGCGAACGAGUUGGCGCGGCACACGCAGGGCACGGUGUUCGCCGGGGACAUCAGCUGGACUGUGCGUCUCAUGGAGCAGCUGGUGGAUAUCCUCGACGCUCAGCUGCAGGAGCUCAAACCCAACGAUAAAGACACGGCGGGACGCAGCUUCAACAAGCGUCAAAAAAGAGAGAGGACUUGCAGGGCCUAUACAAAGGCCAUCGUGGACACGGUUGACAACCUGCUGAGGCCAGAAGCUCUUAAAUCCUGGAAGGACAUGAAUUCCACAGAGCAAACGCAUGCGGCCACUAUGUUACUGGAUACCCUGGAGGAAGGAGCCUUUGUCCUCGCAGACAACCUGAUCGAGCCCGCCGUCGUCCGAGUGCCCGCCGAGAACAUCAUGUUGGACGUGUAUGUGUUGAGCACCGAUGGCCAAAUCCAGGACUUCAGGUUCCCUCAGACCAGCAAAAGAGGAGCUACAAUUCAGCUCUCGGCAAACAUGGUCAAGCUGAACAGUAAAAACGGCAUUGCCAAGCUGGUGUUUGUCCUGUAUAAGCACUUGGGGCAUUUCCUCAGUACGGAGAACGCCACAGUGAGGCUGACGGGCGACGGCGGAGUCCGAAACCACACGCUGACCGUCAACUCGCACAUCCUCUCCGCCUCCAUCAACAAAGAGUCCAGCCGCGUGUUCGUGGCCGAGCCGCUCAUCUUCACGCUGGAGCAUUUGGAUACCGAGAACUACUUCAACCCAAACUGCUCGUUCUGGAACUACUCGGAGCGGAGCAUGAUAGGAUCCUGGUCGACACAAGGCUGCAAACUCCUGGACACCAACAAGACGCACACCACCUGCUCCUGCAGUCACCUGACCAACUUCGCCAUCCUCAUGGCCCAUCGAGAUGCACAUGGGGGUGAGGGGAGCGUUCACGAGCUCCUGCUGACGGUCAUCACGCGGAUGGGCAUCGCCGUCUCGCUUGUCUGCCUCGCUAUUAGCAUUUUCACCUUCUGCUUCUUCCGAGGCCUUCAGAGUGACCGCAACACAAUCCACAAGAACCUGUGCAUCAACCUCUUCAUUGCAGAGCUUCUCUUUCUUGUGGGCAUCAACAUGACCGAACCUCCGAUGAUCUGCUCUGUGAUUGCUGGAGUUCUGCAUUUCUUCUUUCUCGCUGCGUUUUCCUGGAUGUGUUUGGAGGGCGUUCAAUUGUUCCUCAUGCUUGUGGAGGUCUUUGAGAGCGAGUUCUCUCGAAGGAAGUACUACUACGCAUCCGGCUACCUGUUCCCCUGUGUGGUGGUCGGCAUCUCCGCAGCCAUCGACUAUAAGAGCUACGGGACGAGGAAAGCCUGUUGGUUGAGGGUUGAUAAUCAUUUCAUUUGGAGUUUCAUCGGCCCUGUUACGUUCAUCAUUAUGCUCAACCUCAUCUUUCUGGCGGUGACGAUGUACAAGAUGGUGAAACACUCGAUGUCUAUGAAACCUGACUCCAGCCGACUGGAGAACAUACGGUGCUGGGUGUUCGGGGCUUUCGCACUGCUGUGUCUUCUCUGUCUGACGUGGUCGUUUGGCCUGCUUUUCUUGAACGACUCUUCGGUCAUCAUGGCGUACCUCUUCACGAUCUUCAACACCUUACAGGGGAUGUUCAUCUUCAUCUUCCACUGUCUUCUGCAGAAGAAGGUGCGUAAAGAGUACAGCAAGUGUGUGCGUCAGUCUCAGUGCUGUAGCGCUGUCCCGUCUGAAGGAGCUCACGCUGCGAGCAAGCCCUCGGGCUCCAGGUCCAGCGCUCGAUACUCCUCUGCCACACAGAGCCGCAUCAGGAGGAUGUGGAACGACACCGUGAGGAAACAGUCCGAGUCUUCCUUCAUCUCCGGAGAUAUCAACAGCACUUCCACACUAAACCAAGGAAUGACGGGCAACUAUCUGCUAACUAACCCUCUCCUCAGGCCUCACGACACUAACAGCCGCUAUAACAACCUUCUGGCGGAAACCCUGGUGUGCAGCGCCGCGUCUCCUGCAGGCCAGCCCUCGCUGACCAACAGCCGUGAUGUCAGCACCAUGGACACACUCCCUCUGAGCGACAACUUCACCAGCAGUUACUCCCGGCGGGAGGACGACUACGAGGACCCCGCGCUGAGCUGCCCGACCGCAUGCCUGGACGACGCCGCCCUGGAGAAGAUGAUCAUCUCCGAGCUGGUCCACAACAACCUGAGGCCUCGCAGGCUCCCGCAAAACCAAACCAGCUCGAAAGGCCAACCCCGAGAUCCGGUUCCGCAGGACACCGGCGUGAGCGGAGGCGGGGGUGUCGGGAACACCAGUGAGGUUGAGGUCACAGGCGCUGAUGCCGACGCCGACACCCCCGCUCUCCCGGCGUCCGCCAGCCAAACGCUUGAGCUCCUCCUCCUCCACCCGAGCGACCGGGACGCCCUCGACGCCCCGCUCCUGCCCCAGCGGACUCACUCCCUCCUUUACUGCGCCCAGAAGCGGCCCGUCCGGCCUCAGAAGGACAGCAGAGAGUCUGAAGGAGACGAGGAAGAGGACGAGCGAAGGGAGGAAGACGACGCGCCCUCGCCGAAUCACAGGGACUCGCUGUACACAAGCAUGCCUGAUCUCAGAGACUCUCCGUCGUCCUCGGCCUCUGAAUCCCCGGACCUCGUCAGCGGACGGGACGACGGCUGCCCCGCUCAAAGUGAGCUCGAGGAACACUGUUACAAGAGCUUACCUGACCUGGGAGACGGGACUCGGGCGCUGUCCUACUAUCAGAUCAGCCGAGGAGGCGCUAGCGAGGGCUGUGGCGAACCCGCGAGCGAUGGACAGAUGCAGCUAAUCACCAGCCUCUGAGACAAGAUCAUCCCUGUUCCUCUCGUUCAGGGGUGUGUUUCCCGAAAGCAGCGUUAGCCAACUGUGCUCGCAAGUCCUGUCGUUAUCAGCAGUUCGACGAGUCGUGUUUCCCGAAACCAUCGUUCCAACAAAUAUUCGCAAACAGCAUCGCUGAGCUGCGGUUAGAACAGUUUCUUGUUUUCAUAAAUCCUUAUCUUGAGCAAAACAAGCAAGCUGACAUUCAGGACAAUCUGUGUCUUUAUUUAGAAUACCAACAUGACAUCAUGACUUUUGCGUAAACAUAUACGCCACUUUCAAGGUGGCGUGUCAUCUCUACACAUUUUGAG